CCGCCCUCGGGGAGUGAGGGGCUGGCAGGGACGUCCCCUCUAUUUGCAUAGUGCCCGGGACGUGGCGCGCACCGAGGCCACUUCCGCGUCCGGGGAACUCCAAGUCCCAGGAUGCCUCAGGGCUCGAUGUCUCAUAUGGAGCUGGAGUUGGACUCGGGUGACGAUGACUUGCUGGGCUUCCUGUUAGAGGAAAGCGGAGGUUUGGGGGCGGCGCCGGACGAAGCCUUGGAGGCGCCCCUGGAUUGGGAGCUACCACUUUCCGAGGCAUUGAGCGAUUGGGACGUAGAGGAUUUCCUGAACUGCCUGUCGAGUCCCCCAGCAUCGUUGACCGAUUUUAGCCACUCUGACCCCUAUCUUGUCCACCAUGAUCACACCUAUUCUCUGUCACAGGAGUAUGUCUCCAUAGAUCUAGAUAAUGAGGAUUAUGAGGAGGAAGGGGCCCAAAUGACUUCACUGCGUGUGGAGGCGCCCGCAGAGCAGGAGAUUGGUGAGCUGAUACUGACGGAGGAGGAGAAGAGGCUUUUGGAGAAGGAGGGGCUUACUCUGCCCGGGACACUUCCUCUCACUAAGAUGGAGGAACAAGUUCUGAGACGAGUGCGGAGGAAGAUUCGAAACAAAAAGUCUGCUCAAGAGAGCCGCAGGAAGAAGAAAGUGUACGUGGGGAGUUUAGAGAACAGGGUCCUGAAAUACUCGGCCCAGAAUCUGGAGCUACAGAACAAAGUACAGCUCCUGGAGGAGCAGAAUCUGUCCCUUUUGGAUCAGUUGAGGAGGCUGCAGUCCAUGGUGAUUCAGACGGCAAACAAAGCCAGCAGCAGCAGCACCUGCGUCUUGGUCCUGCUCUUCUCCUUCUGUCUCCUCUUCGUACCUGCCAUGUACUCCUCGGACACAAGGGGGAGCCCGCCAGCCGAGCAUGGAGUGUUGUCCCGCCAGCUUCGUGCCCUCCCCAGCGAGGACGUUCCCCAGCGGGACCUGCCUGCGCUGCAGUCAGAGGUACCACAGGACAGCUCGACCCACGAGCUCCAGGCUCCUGGCAACUCUUGCUGCCUGUUCCACCACAUGGCUUGGGCUCCUGGGGCAGAAUCGCCCAUGAAGCUGCCACUGCCCGACCGCUUCUCAAGGUCUUCCAGCCCAGGUCCCAUCUUCCCCCUGCAUGCAAAUCUCACAAGAGAGGGAGGAUGGCUCCCUACCCACAGCCCCAUAUCUGUUACCUUGCAGGGCAGGUACUCAGGCUAAAUGUGAGAAUGCAGGGGGCCUCAGCCAGAGCCUGGUGCCCCCAGUCUGUGUUCAAAGGAAAAGGAAUGGGAGAGGGCGAGCCUCAGGUCCUAUCCCCUGUCAGGAAGCCUGAGGGCACAAACACACCACACUUACUGGCUUUCUGGGGUUUUAUUUGCACCCAUGUAUGUCUGUUGUUCCAUGAAGGGGCCUGGGAGAGUCCACUGACUUCCUUGAACAUUUCAUGCAAUGAGGGGAUGGGGUGAAGAAAGAAAUAAAUAAGUGAUUCUGA